GCGACGUCAGCAGCAGCGCCACACCGGGGCUGAAGAAGGAGUGGGUGACGAGGAGCGAUCGCCACCACCAGGAAAAAACACCAGGAGCCGUAAAAUGCACGGACUACAUGGCUCCAUUUGACCGCCAGUAAGACGCCCUUUCCGCGUUUUACAGGGUCUGGUCCUGGAGGCCUGUUCGGGAGACGUCUAGAUAAAUGCGCCGGAGCUGCUCCGUCAGGCCGAGCCCUGUGCUUUUCUGCUUCAGCCAGAGUGCUGCAAAUCCAAGGAUGGCUAGCUGAGCUAACCUAGCCCGCUAACAAUUAGCCUGUCCAUUUAGCUACCCUGGCCACCGGAGCCUGAGUCUGCGGGAGGAUACCUGCCCCUGAGCGCGGUGCUUUUCACUCGGCGGGUCGUGGGGGUUGACUGUCAGUAGUCUUUCCGUGGGCUCGGUGGAUGGACAGUUUGACGGGCGCUCAUUGUCACUGCGCGGGCGUACGGCGUUGGUUUCGGGGCGGCUAGGCUUGUGCUCGGCCGGGCGACCAGCGGAGGAGGGAUUGCACAAAUGUGGCAGUGGCAGCCAGUUGUGUCCCACUGUGUCUGGGACCGAAGUCGGUAGUUGAUUGAAAUUAAAAACCCGUAAUUUUUCUUACGCAGGAAAGAUAUAUAUAUAUAUAUAUAUAUAUAUAUAUAUUUUUUUUUUUUCAAAAGUGUUGUUACGCUAAAAACCCAUCAACUUGACACGCUAGCCUUGUGGUAACAUUAGCAGCGUUUAGCCUACUGACUAAUAUCAGCUUUUGUGGAAAGUGCGUGGAAUAAUGUGGGUCUUUGCACUGGUUUUCUGAGACGUUUGCGGACAUGCUGCAUUGCACACUGUCUGUGGUCGGUUGUCAGUCCCCGUAGCCUGAGGAUUUACACAGGACUUUGACUAAGCUGUCAAAUAUUUGACACUUGACAGCGGUUUUUACCUUCAACGAGGAAAGGCCAGAUUCUGCAGCGAGUCUCCCAAGCAUCGGUCUUCAGUAUCUUAAUAGAAUUUGAAAACGGACUGUUGCUCAGAGUGGGGUUUUCUUUUCCUUAAUUUCGCCGGUACUUUGUGUGAGGUGUAGCCUCGCGCCCCCCUGUCAGACGGGCUUUUUCAGCUCAUGUGGUGAUGACUUUAGACUCCAUGAUGGCUUGUUGCCUGAGUGAAGAGGCGAAGGAGUCCAAGCGAAUCAACGCCGAGAUCGAGAAGCAACUCCGGCGAGACAAGAGAGACGCGAGACGGGAGCUGAAGCUGCUGCUGCUGGGUACUGGAGAGAGCGGCAAGAGCACUUUCAUCAAGCAGAUGAGAAUAAUCCAUGGGUCAGGCUACACAGACGAGGACAAGAAGGGCUUCACCAAACUGGUGUACCAGAACAUCUUCACCUCCAUGCAGGCCAUGAUCCGCGCAACCGAGACCCUUAAGAUCCCGUUCAAGUAUGAACAGAAUAAGAAUAAUGCCCUGCUGGUGCGUGAGGUGGACGUGGAAAAGGUGUCAUCAUUCGAUCAGCCGUACAUCGGUGCGAUAAAGAUGCUGUGGGCCGACCCUGGCAUCCAGGAGGCCUAUGAUCGCAGGAGAGAGUACCAGCUCUCCGACUCAACCAAAUAUUACCUUAGUGAUUUAGAGCGAAUAGCAUCACCGGGGUUUGUGCCCACUCAGCAGGACGUGCUGCGGGUUCGAGUGCCCACCACUGGCAUCAUUGAGUACCCAUUUGACCUGGAGACUGUUAUCUUCAGGAUGGUGGAUGUGGGGGGUCAGAGGUCAGAGAGGAGGAAGUGGAUCCACUGCUUUGAGAAUGUCACCUCCAUCAUGUUCCUGGUGGCGCUCAGCGAGUAUGACCAGGUCCUGGUGGAGUCUGACAACGAGAAUCGUAUGGAGGAGAGUAAAGCUCUGUUCAGGACCAUCAUCACAUAUCCCUGGUUCCAAAACUCCUCAGUCAUCCUCUUCCUCAACAAGAAGGACCUGCUGGAGGAGAAGAUCAUGUACUCUCACCUGGUUGACUACUUCCCAGAGUUUGACGGUCCUCAACGGGACGCCCAGGCGGGUCGCGAGUUCAUCUUGAAGAUGUUUGUGGACUUGAACCCAGACAGUGACAAGAUCAUCUACUCCCAUUUCACGUGCGCCACUGACACGGAGAACAUCCGCUUCGUCUUCGCAGCCGUCAAAGACACCAUCCUGCAGCUCAACCUCAAAGAGUACAACCUGGUGUGAAGGAGAAAUGUAAAGAGAUGGAGUGAGAGCAAGCAAGAAACCUGCAGCCCUCCCAAUACACAACAACACGCACACACACACAUACUAAAACGCACUCAGACACACUAAGCAGAGUCCACUUCUAGAAACACACUGCGGCUCAAAGAGAUGAGUAUUGCUUUAUACUUUACUCGACCAACACUACUCUUGUUCUGUUCACGUAGCUCCUCAGUUCUGUUUUAUCAUUCUAUGAAUUGCUCCUCCGGCACAAACACACAUGAAACACACUCAAAUACAACACUCCCUCCAUGUGUCCCUCUGUUCGGGGGGUAGUCGUUGGUCCACUCCGGGGCUCCUCUUGCUCCUCUUUUGGCCCCUGGUGUGGCUCACAUUUCUUUCUUUAACACUACAUUAUCACCAGUGCUUGUGUGUAUGACGUGGGUAGAGGGCAGAGCAAGCUUUCAUGGACAAAGGGCUCUCUCCUCUUCUUCUUAUUUAACCCAUGCAUGCUAUUCACUACAGAAUGAGGGCAUGAAGGUCUGGCUGCAGACCCUGCACUCCGCUCCCCUGUCAAGGGUUACUAAUUAUGACCAUAGGAAUAUAUUAUCAGGCAGUGCUGGGGUGCAGUGAGGUACUUGGUUCCCCGUGGGUCGUUAAUUGUGUAUUUGAAUUUUUCUAUUUGUUAACCCUGCCCUAAACCGGAGCACAGGAGCUCUGUUGAAUGUAAAUAAAGUUUUUGUGCUGCUCACACUAAGGUGAGGGGUAGACGGAGGUGACUACACGCUCUCUGUCGACUUUAAAUAUUUUCAGCUAUUUCUUGGGUAUAUUAUUGCUACUAAUGUCAAAGUUGAAAUUGAAGAUGGUUACACAAAGUGAACACAACCCUGCAGAAAGCGUCACAUGUUCUUAUACACUGCUCCUCCUUGUGAAGUGUUAACGUACAUCAUGAAACAAAAGAUUGAGGAACACUUCCAAGUAUUUACACUCUGAGUAUCAACUUCCAUGUUAUUUUGUACCGCGUUGCCAAAUUCAAACCACGUAUAUUUGUGCUGUAAAUAUGAUGACAUUGCCAGUAUCCCGUUUAUCCCUUAAAUGGUUCAGAUACUAACAGAAACCUAUUUGGGAACCGGCUUUGACAAAAUGAAGUGCAAAUUCUCUCAUGUCGGAUCAUUCAGAUGUUGACGGCUUAACAACUCACUUUGUGUGGCAUUUCUUUUAUGUCGGCAGUUGUCUGAAUCACACAUGUAUUAGUACUGUGAUUUCUAUUUCUUUGUUUCCUCUUCGAUGGUGAGAAUAAUCUUCCUGUGCACAACGUGUGAAUGAUGACACAUUAGUCCAGUGCAAUAGUUGGUUGUAGAUGAGAAAAAAAAAAGCUUUUGCGCUGCCAGUUUAGCUUCAGUCUCGAGUCUCGAUCAUCUAAACAGCUCUUCUCUGUAAUCAACGUCAUUUUGCCAUAUUAUUCAGCCAACAUUUGAUGAACUGUAACCGAUAGCAAGAGAGUAGAUGGUUCUUUUUUGUAUUGUCUAAUUUAUCAAUCAGAUCUGCGUAUUGUUGACAGUAAAUGAGACUUCCUCCUUAGUUUCAGCGCAACCUUUUUUCCAACCUUGGAGAUGGGAGGAGAUUUUAUACUGCUGUAAAAUAUCAAAACUAUUUUAUGGACAAGUGUUCUAUCUUUCUAAUGAUACUUCAUAUAUUUAGUUGUCGGAGUUCUGUUUUGAAAUGCUUGACAAUGGAAGAAAAACACUGUUUCCAUGUCGGGUUUAUGCUUUAUGCAAAUAGGAAAAUGAAAACAGACAAAAAACUUGGUGGUUGAAUAUUUACUGUUCAAGGAUGCUUGUAAUUUUAGGGAUAUGUGUUGGCUCUCGGUACCAAUCCCAUAUCGUGUCUCUUGCCUGAUAGUUGUUUAAAUAUUCCAUUAAGCUGAAAGUUGAUAGAUGGCUAUUUUUGUCUUCACAAUGUAAUUCAGGUAAGUUUUCAUAACUUUUUCAUCACAAGGGCUACUACUAGCAGCUUUGGUAGAAAUGAGAAGGACUCUAUGGAAGGAGUAGAGCGAAAGAUGAAAUUAAUUAAAGGGGAGGGGGUGUUGACAUCCUACUGAGGAUGAAGGCCGCAGGUUCAGUGAGGGAGGAAUGCAGCAGUCCACAGAUGCCUACGUGACAUUCCCGAGGGAAGUGUGGCGGCUGUUUGGCUCGUUGUUUGCUAUCUCCUUUUUUUUUUUUUUGCCUUUCAGAAGAGGACGAUGGCUAACGUCAAGGGGGUUCCCGAAGGUGCAAAAGCACAUUGUUAGCAUCCUAACUGUCCUGCACCUAAACAUUUUUCUUUUGCUCUUGUCACAGAUUGUGUGCUGAUCGUCUUGGCUUUACAAUAAUUUCUGUUAUGUGGUUAUGCAUAUUGGUUUUAUCUUCUCAUUGGUAGUGUUUCCAUGCUCGACUCUGGCAUCGUCUGUGUUGGACUCAGAAUAAAUGAGUCGGACUAAACAUCUUAGAAAAUAGGACUUAUCUGAAAUUGUUUGCCAAAAUGUUAUUUCAAAUUUUCUUGUAAUUUUUCCAAUAGAAAAGAUGUGUCUUUUUCUUUUGUUAGACGACCUUGAGUAAACUUCGCACCUCACGUAAACGUGCACAUUAUGUUGAUGAUGCCAUUGUCUUGUAUAUUUAUGCCCAAGCUUUAUCUCGAGGAUUUUUAGGGUGAAGCGUCACAAACACUCGCUGACAAUUUUUUGGUUCGAAAUUAAGAGCUUAUGUAUUUUGAUGUAUGAAUGAAUAAACUGACAUACUUGAGGUGAGACUUGGGCUAAUAGGGUUAUGUCUAUUUAACAUUCUUAGCUGUGCUUUCUGAGAUCACACUUGAUUCCCCUGAACUGUGGUUUAACACGUUGAAAUCUGUUGUGGGAGUCCUUACACUUUAUUCUUAUGUAGAUGAUUUAAUGUUAAACAAAUUGGAUUGAAUACGUUUCUGUGAGGAUGAUAAAAUGUUAGGCGCAUUCGCAACAACUUUAUUUUUUCACGUGCUUUCAACAUGUGAGCUUGAUGCCUGGUCUGGUUUAUUAUGGCACGGGGACGAACACAGGAAAAAGUCAGAUGGCAAACACCACCAGUGAUUAGAGCCACAGCAGAGCUGGGUCAUGUAACUAAAACCUUUUGCAUUUGUGUGUUACUGUAUUUGCUUUAUCCGCAUUGAAUGCAAGUUGGAGAAAAAUUUGUACGACAAUCUAGUACAAAAACACUGUGCCAAGCAGAAUCAAUCAGCAACAGAAAAGAUAUCAAAAACUAAACCUUUCUAAUAACUUGACCCAGAUCUGUGGUGAAAACUUUUCUUCAUCCACUUGUGCAUUUAUAUAUAUUUCUUUUCCAAAUGAAGCUUGUGUGUUAAGCCUCAGUAUUAAUUUAUUUAUUGAAACACUUGCCAAGUGAAGGUACCGAAAUGGCCAUUAUAAUAUUUUUUGGUGGUUAUAAUAAGGAGUGAGCGAAUAUGCCGCGUGUUUACAUGUCUGCCGUUCUCCGCUCCGCUGUUUGUUUGUUUCUCCCUUACUUGAUUGGACUGUGUAUUCUUUCCCUGGGUCGAAGGCACUGAAACUGCACCACUGCAAUGGGCCUGCAUUCAUGCAACUUAGACGUCCUUUCAAAACGCGCUUGUUGGUACUCUAAGGUGUGUAUGUUUGUGUGUACACUUUUGAUGGCUAUUGCUUAUGCUUGAGAUCCAUUCUGGUUAGAGGGAUGGACAUACAGUGAUAUUAAAAGCUAUCUUUGCAUAUAUUUUUUUUUUCUCUUUUGUAAGGUUGACACACCUUAACACGUGUAUUUAGGACCACUUAAGAUGACAGACUUUUUUAAGAGUUAAACUUUGUGUAGUGGUGUACAAAUUGAAAGUAAUGUAUUUUUGUUUGAUUUUUAUUUUCUUUCUUUUUUUCUUUUUUUUUUUUUUUAAAGUAUACCAAAUGUAAAUUAUGUACAAUGAGUGUGCCAAUCCCCUUUCUUUGUAAAGCCAGACUCUUAACAAGUGCCAAUGUUGUGAAAAAUCAAGAGGGCCUGUGAAUUUCAUGGUCCAGUUUUUAAAACGAAUAAACACUAAGUAUGUGAUUAAUUAACUAAAAAAAGGACAAUUUUAUUCUAUAUUUAAGAUUAAUGAUGAACUGCUGUUUUUAAGAUAAAUGUCAUUUUAACUGCAUGUGUUUGCCAGGUUGGGGAGGGAGUGGGUGGGUGAGAUACUGUAUUCAUGCAACGCCCUCAUGAAAAGGGUCCUAAUGGUUAUUGAUUUACAGUAUUUUAGCCAUAUUUCUCUUUUUGUAUGUUUCAUUUCAACCACUGUUGCCUGAACCUCAUUCAGACAUGAAAAUGAUUUUCAUAGCCUUCUCCUUUAAAUGUUUUAAAUUGGAAUAAAAUAUGUUCCUAUACUCUC